CCGAAGGCGCGUCAUGCGCGCCCGACGCUGGAGCAGAGUUUUACGCAAUUUUUUCACUAUUUACCGUGCUGAUGUGGCCCUGUGGCGCGUACAGGCUUGUGUGUUAGCUGUUAGUUUACAGUGAAGACAGGACCGUGGUCCAUAAGUGUCAGGAGACGAUGUGGAAGCAGAGCGGCCGGAGCUCAGCUCUGGAGCGGGCCCAGGCGGUGCUCUCCUCCCACAGAGGCAGAAUGGACACUGCACACCACUCACCACGGAUGUCUCAAGGAGACGCCGUGCGCGCACCUCCAGCCUGGAUGUCGUCUGAGCUCCAGUCCCAACUCAGCGACAGCGAGUACUCGCUGAGCCCAGGCCCUGGACAGGAUCACCGGGAAGGAGCCACUGUGCCAAAGCAGACGAGCGACUGGGCUUCGGAGGUUCCUCGAUCUUUGACUCCUCUGGACGCUGGGGCAAUUAGGUUCUUAAAAAGGCCUUCAGCUGCAGCCCAGGAUCAGCCCAGAGAAAGAGCAGUGCCCUCUUCACUGCUGGCAUCCCAGGCGGCGGCUCUCAGCAGACUGGCCCAAAUAGAAAACCGCUUUGGAAAAAGUCUGCACACCAAAGGGUCUUCAAGAGCAAAGCAGACGGCAGCACAGAAACUCGCAGAGGAGACACGCACGUUGCCCAGCACGGGCCAGCCCAGCACGGGCCAGCCCAGCACGGGCCAGCCCAGCACGGGCCAGCCCCAGCACGGACAAGCCCAGCACGGACAAGCCCAGCACGGACAAGCCCAGCACGGACAAGCCCAGGCACUUUGUAAAGAGCAAGCCUCUGGGUGCUCAUGGACGACACUCGGAGGAGUCUAACAGCAGGCGGCAGCUCCACACUGAGGACCUUCCAGUACUAAACCCCUCCCCAAGUUCACCACCAAACACUUGGCUUGUCCAGCCUCAGCCCAGUCUCUCUCCUUGCUCCAUGUCCCCCUCUCCCCCCUACCUGCCCCCC